AUGGCAGACUAUCACCACAUAACGCCUUCCCCUCCCUCUCCUCCCCCAAAGUAUACCCCGAAUAGGAUGCCGCUCAUCGCAACCGUAUCAUUAAUGGUCAUAUCCAUGGUCACAAUCGCCACCAGUAACGCACUCGUCAACCUCUUCCCCGUAGAAUCACCACCCACUACACCCACAUCCCCAGAGCCCGACCACUCCUCCUCCUCCUCAGCGGAGACUCGGGCCCACAGGCAAGACGCCCCUCCAGAGUCACAAGAACCAGAAGAAGAGUACUACGGUCUCUGGACCGCCUCCGAGCUCUCCCCCCUCUCUCAACCCCGUUCUCCCUACAACAGCCCCCCCGUCGUCCGUCUCCAGACUGAAGAAGGUCUCCCGAGCUACGGGCAGGCUGUGGCUACCCCGCCCCGGCUAGGCAGGAAAGGGAUGAGAGUGAUCUUACAGGGCGACGCUCCCCCGGAGUACGAGGAUGCCGUGAGGGCUUGUCCGAGCAGGCGGUGA